ACUCCUCCCGAGUCAGACCGUGGUGCUUAUUACACUCACCCCUAUCACUUCCUCCCUUUUCUGAAAUGGGAACUGGUGCGCUUUCACUUUAGCAGUGAAUUCAGAAGAUGCGGGAUUCCAGCUGAAUAUGUCAACGUUUCCGGCUUCUUAGUCUGACAAAGGAUUUUGUACACACACAUUCAUAUUUUUAAUUUUUUUUUAUUCAUAAAAUAAUAGCAAUGGAAUGUCUGGCGUCGCUUCGGACGCGCGUUCACCCGGUUGUCGUGUCUGCUCAGAUAGCCAGCGCUCUCUACGACACCGGCUUGCAGAUGGUGGUGAAGGAGCGCUGUUCCGACAACUCCACGGCCACUGAGGAGGACCGACAGAAAGCCAUCUCAAAUUUUUACAUGACAUACACCAUGUUAUCAAGCCUGCUUCCAUUCGUACCUGCGUAUUUUUUGACGAGAUACGGAGACAGGGGAUUUAGGAAGGUACCCAUCGGCAUUCCCCUGUUGGGGUAUCUGAUCUCCAGGACCCUUUUGUUGCUGGUGAUACUCCUAGAGUUACCCAUCGAGGUGAUGUUCGGCGGGGCUGUGGUGUACGGCUUGUGUGGAGGCUACUCCUCUUACUGGGCAGGUGUUAUGGCUCUGGAAUCGGCCAGCUCCCAAAAGGAGCGCAGAUCUCUCUGCAUAAUGGGGAUUGAACUCGCGUACGGAAUCGCAGGUUUUGUCGGAAGUUUAUCAUCCGGUCACAUUUUUCAGAUACAUGCGAUAGGCAAUAAAAAUGGGGUAGUGUUGGUGGCGUUCUGCAUUUUUCUGUAUUUCUUGUGCAUUAUCUAUACAUUUUUCAUCCUGGUCAUCCCCGGAACAAGUGCAGGGAACGUUGAACAUCGGCAAGAAGGAAACGUCGGGAUUUUGUGGAACAUAGUGGAAUACCCACGCUCCUGUAACAUCGUCAUUGUACUGCUGUUUAUCAGUGCCAUCCUAUACGACAUCGCUGUGGCAGGUGGCAUGGAGAUGUUGAUGUCUUUCAUAAUGAAAGAGCCUUUAAACUGGGGUGCUGAUCAGGUGGGCUACAGCAACGCCGCGGGCUUCGUGAUCUUCUUCACGAGUUUCUUUGGAGUCUGGCUUUUCUCCAAGUUCGUCGCGGACGCCGCGAUGAUAAUGAUCGGAAUGGUGUCCUUCGCUGCUGGAAUUUACUUCAUGUCAUUUGUGACAGCGACCUAUUUGUUCUAUUUGGCUCGAUCUCUGACCCUGUUUGCACUGAUCCCGAUGCCCACGAUUCGCUCGCUGUUAUCUAAGCAGGUGCAGCCUUCCUCCUAUGGGAAAAUUCUUAUUUCUCUGCAGCUCUCCUUCACUCUUGCCAGUUUGAUCUAUUCGCCCAUCUACACCAAGGUUUACCAAAGCACUCUGAGCUGGUUUCCUGGCUUUGUAUUUCUGUUGUCCAGCAUCAUCACAGUCCUGGCAAUCAUUCCCAUAAGUAUGGUAGGCUGGAGGAUGGCACGGCAGGAAGGCUACGUGAGCAUCGAAGGUGACUGAUGAGUCUCAUAUUUUGGAUUCCAAGCUUGCAUUUCAGCCGCUCCGCCCAUGUGAGCUCACAAGACCUGGACAGACCAGGUAACCUUAGAGUGCCUCGCUUCGAUACUUCCUGGAGGAAUUCGUCUCAAGGGCAAGCCCAGAUCAAAACCAAAGAAGGACUCUGAGAGAGAUUCACAAUCAUCAGUAUCUGUAAGAAGGCAUAUCCGAUAAGAAGUAAAACUGCCUUUUCUUAAUUUAUCAUUUCUUUUGGUAAUUGUCAUAUUUACUAAAAUACCCAUGAUUUGUACAAGUAAACCUAUUGUGGGUGUUUGUUUUCUGAAAUUUAUACAUGUUCAUAGGUUUACAGUAUAAGAUUCAUUGCAUUUAUUACUCUUCAGAAUAUAUCUCAUUCUCUUGUCAUGUCUUCUACACUAUUUACUAUAUAUCGGCAUGGUCUCUCCACAUGGGCCUCCCCAGCUCCAGGUGACUGACCUUAUCUGACCUUCAGCAUUGUCCAUUGUGGUGUCCUUUGGAACUUGAAUCUUGCUUAGCAACCAGCUUAGCUAUGUGCCUUGCAGUCGGCACCCCCUUCAGCACAGAGUACUUGGUACUCGGAGGCAUGCCAGCUGGAGGGGAAAUAUCUGAUGGGCGGAAUACUCUCCCACCUGAUAGUACGUAGUUCGGGGUGCGCGACUUUAUCAGAGUUAGUAACGUUUGACGUUUCCUUUGUCCUUGUUCUGUUUUUGUGACAGCCAUGCCUUGUAAGUGUAUUUCUUUUUCAGAGUGCAUUUAAUUGUUUGCCGGAAAACUAAGGUAUUUGGAGUUUUAAUGUUCUGUUUAUUUAUUUGUUGACAUGCUGAAUCAUACUGAUGAAGAAAUAUUACAUUAGUUAUAUAUUAUGACUACACAGAUGUUAGGUAUGAAGGUAUGAGGGUUUACAUAAGAAGUAUGAUUUGUAAAUCAGUUUAUUUACAGUACCUGUCAAAUGUCUGGACACACCUACUGAAAAUCAUUUGUUUUUCAACAAGAUGGCUGCAUGUGGAAGCUGGUUGAAAGAAUGACAAGAGUCAGCAAUGCUGUCAUCAAAGCCAAAGGGGCUAUUUUAAAGAGUCUAAAACUUGAGAAUAUUUUAAGAUGUCGAACACUUCUCUUGGUUCUUUUAAUACUUGAUUCAUAUUACUUGCUUUGAGACUUUUUACUGUGGGGAGAAUAUAGCUACGGAGACAAAUGCAUUAAACACAGGUGUGUGCGGACAUUUGACUGAUCCUGUUUAUCAGGAGUAGGAUGGCGUGUUGCCUCAGUCAGUAGUACUGCAGCCUUUCGCGCGCAGGCUUGGGGGUUACAGUCUGCCUUUUGCUAUGUGUAUGGACAUGUUCUCAUCUAGGUUUCCUCUCACAGCUCAUAAGAUAAUUUUUUUCCGUGGCAUUUUAAGAAUAAAAUGUGUGGUUCACUUGUUAAAUACGUCACAAGUCAGGUUUGUGUUCUUUCUAUAUUGCGAGUUAUUUUAUAAUGGCAACUGAAAACCCAUAUAAACAAAUAGAAAAUACACUAUAGAUUUUAAAGAUAUUUAUCAUUUUUUCAAAUGGCAAUAAAUGUGCGCUGACUGUGCAUCGUAACCUUUGCAUGUUCUGGGCCUGAACACAGCUACCGCAGUAGCAGAUAGACCUGAUUUUUGAGGCUGAUGACACUGACAAGGCAGAGCGACACCUGACUCUGUUUCCUCUUCUCUCGCUGCCUGCCACACAAACAGGAAACCUACUGUACGGUUAUUUAUCACACUUUGGCCUUCUGUACCAGAAACGUGUUGCGUAACCAACUAGCCAACCUGCAACAUUGUAGCUGUUAACAGCUAUCAGACAAUGCAUGGUGAGCAGUAGCAGAAUGUUGUCAUAAUGGUGAAUUUAUUUUGCAAUGUAAAUAAAUAUAAUAAACAGGUUACAGGGGAGCUGAAUUUCACUUAGCGACCAAAAUGUAAAUAAAUCAACAAUUCAUCACAAACGUAAAAUGGACCUACAACCCCUCCAGCAGCCUAGUUUGGCUUUUUUAUUUUUAUUUGAAUAGCAUGAAAAAGUGUCAGAUUAUGAUUAUUUUAUUUUUUGGUACAUUCAGUCGUUCACCUUGGUUGUGGAAUUUAGAUUAUAUUUUCUGUAAUUUACUUACUAAUAACCUGAACGUCCCUGUAUCUUCCAAUCAACCAAUAAUAUAAUUAAAUAAUAAUCAGUAAUUAUUAUUUGAAUAAAAAUAGUUUGCUGUA